AUGGUCCGAAAAUUCUCCAAGUUCGCCAAAAAGUCCGCCGACUGGGUCGGUCCAGGCGCGCCCCUCUCCCUGCGGAAGCAGGUAUACCUUCCCGACAUCACAAUCGCCCUAAUCCGCACCCCAUUCCUCCCCCCCCGCUUCGCCUCCUUCUACGUGCCCUUAAAUUUCAACAAGUUGGAUAUGCGCGACUACCUACAGCGAUUGUACAACGUGGGGGUUUUGAGCGUGCGCUCGUACGUCGAGCAACAGAAAGUCACUCGUCUCAAGCCGUUGGGUCGCUACGGAUAUGGGAAAUUGAGACGUCCUCAGUCCAAGAAGAAGAUGACGGUUGAAAUGAAGGACCCGUUUGUUUGGCCGGAGGCGCCGAAGGAUAUGGAUCCAUGGGAGAAGGAUCAGUUCUUCAAGGCGGCCAAGUAUCAGGAGCAGGUCCAGGAUGCGCAGAAGCCGGAUGCGGGAAUGAAGGCGGAUGAGACGGCGAGGGAGGCGUACAAGGAGGAUGCGCAGAAGUUGUUGAGUGGGGCUAAGCCGUGGAGGCCGACUUGGAGGGCUUUGGGGUUGGAGCAUUAUGAGAGGCCGUUGGCGAAGAGGUCGUGAGAUGUAUUACUACGGUCGGGUCUGAUUUGGGUUUGAUUUGGAUGUUCCCUUUGGUUGCUUUCGAUGGUUUGGACUACCUGUCAUGUGUAUUAUACUACCUAUUUCCUUGUCGUGUCAAUACGAUUCUGUCAUCUGAGGAUGGAUUUGUUUCUUAGGGGGAAUGGAAGUGGAAAUGGCAUUUAUACUAUGUCAUGUUUAUUUAGAUCAUGAAUAUCAACCGCUGGGAGAGGGAGGUGGUCGCUG